AUGUUCUUUGACUUGAACGUUCCGUACAGUCAAGAUGACCCGGAAGCGCUGAACACAUUGAAUUUCCUCGCCGAACUUGGGUACACAACCGUCGCCUUGUCACAGACAGUCACGGGCAAGCUGCCUACAAGCUUGACUCCACCGACACUGCCUUCGAAUGCUCCAAAGUCGCUACAGUUGCUCACACGUCUCAAUCUUACGCUCUCCGACACCGCGCAGAACCAGAGACUGAACAACCUGACGCAAGCAUACGAUAUCGUCGCUUUACGGCCCACAAAUGAGAAGACCCUUCUCAAUGCUUGCACCACACUCGAAUGCGACAUGAUAUCGCUAGAUCUGUCAGUACGGCUGCCUUUCCAUUUCAAAUUUAAAAUGCUAUCGGCUGCCUUGUCUCGCGGUAUUCGGUUGGAAAUUUGCUAUGGUCCAGGUGUCACGGGAAGUGGAUUCGACGCACGCCGCAAUCUGAUCGGGAACGCGAUGUCACUGAUCAGAGCUACACGGGGUGGCCGAGGCAUCAUCGUUUCGAGUGAGGCCCGACGCGCUCUGAGUCUGCGGGCACCAUGGGACGUCAUCAACCUGACCUGCGUCUGGGGAUUGUCGCAAGAGCGUGGAAAAGAGGCGAUUUGUGAAGAAGCUAGGAAAGUUACGGCCUUGGCAAAGCUGAAGCGUACCAGCUGGCGUGGCAUCGUUGACAUUGUUCAUGGCGGAGAGAAAGUGGCAAUCGACAAUGCGAACCCAAAGUCCAAAGGCGAAAAGAAAACCUUCGCCAGCAAAGAAUCUGAUAACACACCUGACUCAUUGAAGAGGAAGGCAUCCUUGGGCUCCGAAGCUGCUGUCGAACCCGAGAAGCCUCUGUCUAAGCGGGAAAUGAAACGCCGAGCCAAGAAGGCUCGACUCGAACCACAAGCCGCGGAUGCGAGCUGA